CCUUCCCAACACCAUCCACGUCAUGGACUAUCGCGUUCUUCUGGGCCUGGUUUGGUGUGCUAUUGCAUCCUGAUAUCUCACGCCCGCGUUCCCAGCAUGUCUCCAAACGCCCGGCGAGCGGUACCGGCGGCCGUCGCCCUGCUGCUAUUGGUUCUCUUCUGGCAUAACCACGGCGCGCGACAUUCUCCAUACCCGCUCGUCCCGUUGGACGGUAAUGACGCUGUCGGGACCAACGGAAAGCCCCCUUUCUAUCCCGGAAUUGCCAAACCACCGGGUUCAAACUAUACCCGAAUAUUGGUCGUGCCCAAGACGAAAGACGAAGACAUCAGCUGGAUCCAGAUUGAAUUACCGGAACUGCAAACCGCCAUCUACGAGGUCGACAAACCAGACGCAAAACUCCAAAUACCGAAGAACAAAGGCCACGAGGCGAUGGUAUACUUGUCCUUCAUCAUCGACCAUUACGACAGCCUUCCCGACACCAUUAUUUUCGUGCAUGCUCACAAAGGAGCGUGGCAUAACAACAUCUUACUGGACCUGGAUACGCCCACGACUAUCAAGCGGCUUCGCGAUGACCGCGUUGCUCGCCAAGGUUACAUGAACCUCCGAUGCCAUCAUGACCCGGGGUGUCCUGACUGGAUACACCUCGACAGAGCCAAAGUGGAUUUCGACGAGCGCAUCAAGCCCGAAGAGAAGCAGUUCAGCUUCGAGCUGUUUCAGGAGAUGUUCCCUGGUCAUCGGCCUCCACCAGUCCUUUCGCAGGCUUGCUGCGCUCAGCUCGCCGUAAGCCGGGAGCGAGUAAGAGACAACCCGAAGGCUCUGUACGAACACCUUCGAAGCUGGCUCCUCGCCACACGUCUUGAAGACAAAGAUUCCGGUCGCGUGUUUGAGUAUAUGUGGCAGUAUCUGUUUACCCGAAACGCCGAGCACUGUCCGUCCAUAAAUGCGUGUUAUUGCGAUGGCUAUGGAAUCUGCUUUGGCAGCGCGGCGAAUCUGGACGCUUGGCUCAAGAAACUGCGGAAGAGAGAGCUGGCCGAUGAGGAAUACGAUAGGGCGAAGAAGGAGGGCAAAGAUCUGACGACGAUGGAAGAGAUCAAUAGUCGGAGGAAAACGUUGAACAGGGAGCUCAAUCAAGAGAAGGUAGAGGCUUACAAGAAGGGAGAUGACGAGAUGAACAGGGCGCUGGAACGCGAACGGUUACCGGAGUACACCUACACUUGAGCAGCCCUAGCGGUUGCAGGUUUAAGGCAUGGGGAUACAUUAUCAUAGAGAUUGAAAACUGCUCAAUCCUCCCAAAACACGUUCCUACUACGAAACCACGAUGCCAUCAACGAAAGUCCGCG